CAACCCUCUGUUAUUACUUUCUCUCUUCAAAAAAAACCUCUCAACUGAAACCAAAAAAAAUGAAGAAACUGUACCGAAAGGGAACGGUUCAUCCAUCAUCGCCGCCGCCAACGGUAUCGGAACAACUAUCCUUCCUUCCGGCGACAAUCUUCACUCUCAUCGUCGCUCUCUCACCGGAGGAUAAAGAAGUUAUCGCUUACCUCAUCUCAUGCUCUUCUUCCUCUUCUUCGUUUUACAAAAACCCUAACCGGAAAACCAAGGAUGCCGUUAAAGGUGAACAUCUUCCUCUCUUCCAUUGCAACUGCUUUCAUUGUUACAUGAGUUACUGGAUUCGUUGGAACUCUUCACCGAAUCAUCAACUCAUUCACACAAUCAUCGAUGAUUUUGAAGAUUUUCUCUCGCAAACCGCCAAUAAAAGAAAGGAGAAAAAAAACAGAAAAGCAUCCAACAACAGAAACAAAAACAAUAAAUCGUCUGAGUUGAAUCGUUCCGAGUUGGAAUCGUUGGAAUCGGUGACGGAGAGUACUACUACUAGUAGUGCUAGUGAAGUUGUUGAUGUUAGUGAAGAAAUCGAUUUUGUUGAUUCGGUUGAAGUUGAAGAUGAAAGUGAAGAGAAAGUAAGUUCGAUGAGAAAGCUUAUGAGUUUCAUUGGUGAAAAGGUUUGGUUUCGCUGGUGCGUUUGGGGAAGAUGAAUUAGUUUGCAAUGAAAAUAAAAAUUAUUUUAUAUUUUUAAUUCGUUUGUUUAGUUUAUUUUAUAUAAUUUUUGUUUCCUGUUUGUACAUUAAUGACUUCUAUUUAAUGUAUAAAAGGAAAUUGGAGCUUAGUUCCAGAAAAAAAAAAUGGAAAUUGUAAUUUGUUCUUGUUCUGUGUUCUAUGAGAGAUUUGUUGUUACACAUUUGAAUUUCAUUUUCUUGUUAGAGGAUUUAUGAGUUUGCGAGUUUUGUGGCUUCAAUUCGUUAUUUUUACUGACUAGGUUUUUUCUAGGGUUGCUGGCGGCUACUUUUCCCACAAGGAAACUUGAGUAACCAAAAGUAUUAAAAAAGUGCAUUUAAUUAAAAUAUAUAAAAUAUUAUUCAUUUUAAUAACAAUUCUUGUGUUAGUAGUAUCUUAUUUCCACCUUUUUAUUAAUAUAUAGUUUUUCAAUCAGCAAUUUCCACCUUGAUAAAAAAUUCCCGCUUUAAUUGAAAGUGAUACACCUGCUUUCAUUGUCGCUAAAAAUUAUACUUCAUAAAUGGUGUUACUUGAAAUUAAACCGAUGCAAAAAAUUUCACUUCCCGGUUGGCAAAAA